AUGGAAGCCUGGCAUCGCAACGUCCGGUUACUGCACCAGAUCGACGAGUUUCUUGACAUUGACUCAACGCAACAUUUUGUUGCCGAUUUCAUUGCCCUCAUACAUGCAGUCCGCGAGGGGCUAUACGUGAUCGACGAGGAUAUCCGAAUACCCGACUCGCAAAUCAACCUACAUUUUCUCACCAAGCUAAAGUCACGUCCUGAAUGGAAGGAAUGGGCUAUGACGAUUUUGCGGGAUAGCCGAAUCACCGCUUCCAACCUGACCGAUUGCAUGUCGUUUCGAGAGCUCGCGGAUCUAGCGCUCAAGCAGGAACGGUUGCUACUACAACAACGGCGGACUAAGCGGAAAAUUGGUUCAGAGCGGAGGGUUUCUUUCGCCCAGUUCGCGGUACCACAGACGCCUCGGUCGCUUACGCAGGAGGACAUCAACGCCUUUGUUGUUCAAGAGAUGCGCAACCAGCGGGAAUCACGGCGCCUUAGCCAGAUGAGCCAUAAUCCCGGCCACAAUGCUCGCAGUCAUAUGAAACGUCCCAGUCAGGAGGAGAUUAAUGACUUUGUCAUCCAACAGAUGCGCCGAGAUCAAGAGCAAAAAGCGAAAGCACGCCGCAGUUACAGCCAACCCCCGAAAUACAGUCGAAACAACCUUCAAUCAAAGCCAAUAACCACGCGCUGCGAUUUCUGCGGAGAUACUUACCAUCCGUCGACAAAUUGCUGGCGACGAUGGCGAGUGGCUGCUGAAGCACUUCAGGGCCAUCCCCCGCCAAAGCUAAUCGAAUCUCGAGAUGGACUGUUUGCUCAACCGCGUAUCUAUCUAUCAUAUUAG